AUGAACAGACUUAGAUAGUUCAAAGAUAAGAUGCAUGUUCCUCUUGAUUUAAAGGCAUUAAAAAAAAUGGAAAAGAAGGAACUCUUUGAAGAAUAAAAAAAAUAAGAGGACAGCAAGUAUAAUGUAUUUUAUAUUAAUGGUAAUUUCAACGAAUACUAUCGUGAAAUAGAAAUCUUAGGCGAAGGCUGCGUAGGAUUAGUUAAGAAAGUGGAGCGCCUUAGCGAUGGUAAAAUCUUCGCUUCAAAAAUGGUAAAAACAAAAGAUGAAGAAGAAGUGGUCUUAAAUGUCAUCCGAGAAUUCAAAAAUCUCAGAGAACUAAAUCAUCCAAAUAUAGUAAAAGUAUAUGAAUUAUACGUAGAUGAAACAAAAGGAAGAAUAUAUACAAUUAUGGAAUUGGUUGAAGCUAAAGAAAUGUUUGAUGUCAUUUCAAAGCUUGGACAAUACAGUGAAAGUGUUGCUAUAAGUAUCUUUAAAUAGAUCCUUGAGGCUAUUGAUUAUCUUCAUGAAAAUAUGGUCUGUCACAGGGACUUAAAACCUAAUAAUAUUCUAUGUAAUGAAGAUGGAACUUGUGUCAAAAUUACUGACUUUAAUGUUUCUAAAUUUGCUCAUUAUGAUAAUGCUCACAAAAAGGCAUCUACCAUGGAAGGAAGAAAAUAAGUUUUAAUGUGGACCUAUACAGGUACAGUUGCAUACAGUGCUCCCGAAAUAUUUGAUGGAGAUUCUUAUGAUGAAACCGUUGAUAUGUGGAGUGCUGGAGCAGUAUUAUAUACUAUGUUAGCAGGAUACUAACCUUUCGAGGAAGAAUAUGUUCAAGACCUCAUCGCAAAAAUAAAAAGUGCUGAUUAUACUUUUCCUAAAAAUAUUUCUGAAAAUGCUUAAGAUUUAAUUAAAAAAUGCCUCCAAAUUGAUCCUGAAAAGCGCAUUAAGCCUACUGAGGCUUUAGCCCACCCCUGGAUUUUGAAUAAAUAAGAUAAUACUUAACCUUUGGAUGAAGUAGCAAACAGAUUGAGUCUUAAUAUAACCAAACUAAUUUCUAAAUUUGCAGCAUACCGCAAUCUUGGCUUAAUUCGUAAAACUACUUAACGCAAGUAAACAUUUUGUCCUUCUAUGCUUUACAAAAUGAGAGAAUCGCCUCCUCGCAAUUUAGGAAUUGGUUUCUUAAAUGAAGAAGACUCGAAUCAGAAUAAAAUACUAUCCAAUUUAACUAUUUAUAAUUUCAAUUAGUUGGAAAAACAAAGCUAAUAAUCUUCUACUUAGUAAUUCCUCAUUCACAAUUCCUCAACGUAUGUAGAAUAGACAAGUGGAUAUGACGAGUAAUCAAAUUAAAAUAGAUUCGCGUUUGCCUAAAAUUAAAACCAUUAACUUAUAAAUAGUUAAAAAUAUAUAAGCACAGGGUUUAACGUUCUAGAGAAUAUAGAUAGUUAGCCAACUUCUAGUUCCGAAAUUCAGAGUAUCCAUAAUAAUGAUGAUGAGCCUUAUACAAUAAGUCCAGAUAAAAGUUUAAUUUGCUAAAAUAGAAGUACUAGAAACAGUCAAUAAGUAGAAUAGAAAGUAAUGCGUAAGAGAAAAUAAGCCUACACAAAUAUCAUUCAUAAUAGAUAUAAAUUAAAUGAAAGUGAUUAAUUUAUAGUCUAAGCAAUGGAGGAUGAUUAAAUAAGCAAUAACGACUUAUCUCAAACCACAUAAGACUUAAGUGAGAGUGAUUAGAUACUUUGCUAUAAAAUAUACAAUAAACUUAAUCCUGAAUAUCUUCCUCCAAAGAAUAGAGUUAAUUCUUUAUGUGAAAUAUAAACUGAAAGACUUUCUCCACCAAGGCUAAUUUAACACAAUCCUUAAAUAAAUACCUAGAAUAAUAAAUUAAACAUGAACUCUUGCCUCUAAAAACUGAAUCAUAAUAUGGUUUAAAACUGCUUCUAGACAACACUGAAAUCGAAAUUUGCAAGCAUCUUGAAUAUAAAUGAAUUUAACUGCGACUCUAGCCCUAUUUCCUACCAAUCACUGAGUGACAGCUAAAUAAAAACAUCUAAAAAUAUCAAAUUACGCGAAAGCAUUAAAGAUGAAUAAAUAGAAAGUAAAAAAAUGCUAGAAUUAAAAAAUGUAAAACUUCAAGAUACAUCUAUAGAUGCGAUAGUGUGA